AUGAGCCUCAGGACUAUCCGUGCCAUCAGCCAUCCUCAAGUCGCAAACAGAAUCUAUUCACAGCCACUUUCGUCGCUACAACCACCGCAAAUUUCUUCACCGGCAUUGAGAUUCAGUACCAUGCCUUUCAAAGGUGCAAAGAGAAAGACGGCUGUCCCUGUGGACAAGGCCAACGGGUUCCAUACCAAAAAGCCCAAGCAUGAAGCCAAUGGAGGCGACCUUCGACAACCGCAUCCAUUCGCUCGUGAAGCUGAAGAGCAUGGCAUCGUGCUGCGACGGUUCUACCCUCCUGAGAUGAGCAAUUCUCGAGCUCAGGCGUACAUCUCGGAUCAACUUCCCAGGCCCAUGGAGGUCCUCGUCAAAGCUCUGGAAGAGACUGCCCAAGCUCGCAAGCAAGUCAAGACCAAGGACGCAGUCGUUCAUUGGUUCAAGAUGGACCUACGACAUACCGAUAACCGAUCGCUUGCACUGGCCAGUGCUAAAGCGAAAGAAGCUGGCGUCCCCCUUGUCUGCAUGUACAUCGUGAGCCCCCAGGACUUUGAGGCUCAUCUUACCUCGCCAGUCAGAGUGGAUUUCAUGCUGAGAACGCUGAGCGUCCUGAAGCAGGACCUGGCAGCCCUCGAUAUUCCACUGUAUGUGGAAACAGUGGAUAAGAGGAAAGAUAUUCCACGGCGCAUUUUCGAGAUCAUGGAAGAAUGGGGCAGCAAUCAUCUCUUUGCCAAUAUCGAAUACGAAGUUGACGAGCUACGCCGAGAAGCUCAAAUGGUGCGCCACUUUGCAGAGAACAACAAGUCAUUUGAAGUUGUCCAUGACACGUGCGUUGUGCCUCCGGGGGAGCUACAUACUGGUUCCGGCAAGCAGUACGCCGUCUACAGCCCCUGGUAUCGCGCGUGGAUGGCUCAUAUACAUGAGAAUCUGGAUCUCCUGGAGCUCUUUGAUCGGCCUGAGAGGAAUCCAGACGGGGCGCGACAAAAGUUUCAGAAACUCUUCGAUUGCAGCAUCCCUGAUGCGCCAGAGAACAAGCGGCUCAGCGAUGCCGAGAAGAAGUCUCUGCGUGCCUUGUGGCCCUGCGGUGAACAUGAGGCUAUGGCUAGGCUCGAGAAGUACUGCGAUGAGGCCAUUGGCGAUUACCACAACAAGCGGAAUAUUCCAGGAGACGAUGGCACGUCACGGCUGUCUGUUCAUCUUGCGAGUGGAACGAUUAGCUCUAGGACCUGCGUUCGAACGGCCAGGGAUAGAAACAAGACGAAGAAGCUGGAUGGCGGCCACCAGGGUAUCCAAGUCUGGAUCAGCGAAGUCGCCUGGCGAGACUUUUACAAGCACGUCCUCGUCCAUUGGCCAUAUGUUUGCAUGAACAAGCCAUUCAAGCCAGAGUACUCCAACAUCCAAUGGUCCUAUGAUCGAGACCAUUUCGCCGCAUGGUGCGAAGGCCGGACGGGGUUUCCCAUUGUCGACGCUGCGAUGCGCCAGCUCAAUCACAUGGGAUACAUGCACAAUCGGUGCCGAAUGAUUGUCGCUUCAUUUCUCUCCAAGGACCUGCUCAUCGAUUGGCGCAUGGGGGAGCGGUAUUUCAUGGAACACUUGAUUGAUGGCGAUUUUGCGAGCAACAAUGGCGGUUGGGGGUUCAGUGCAAGCGUGGGAGUCGAUCCCCAGCCCUACUUCCGCAUCUUCAACCCGCUGCUCCAGAGUGAAAAGUUUGAUCCCAAUGGCGACUACAUCCGAAAAUGGGUUCCGGAGUUGGCGGGAUUGAGCGAUAAAGAAAUCCACGAUCCCUACAAUCGAGGUGCCGGUACGAAAGCGAAGAAGGUGGGCUAUCCGAAGCAGAUUGUCGAGCAUAAAGGCGCAAGAGAUCGUGCUUUGAGCGCGUACAAGGAAGGCAUCGAGAGUGGAAAGUAG